GCCCCUUAGUUACCACGCUGCGCGUCACGGCGGGGCUAAACCAUUGACGCGCCAAGUGCCCCGGGCCGUACCACUGUCCCUCAGGAGGUGACAGGGCGCCUGCUGGUCCGAGGGGCCGGCUCGGGGCCGCUGGUGGGACAAGCGCGGCUUGGACGCGCGGGGACGCCGUCUCCUCCCCCCGCCCAAUGGUUCCGCCCAGCCCCGGCCUUAGUGACGGCGGCCGCAUCGCGGGAAGAUGGCGGUGGCGGCCCCCGCGCCGUGAGGCGGCCCCGCGGAGGCAGCAUGUCGGACUCGGAGGAGGAGAGCCCCGAGCGCCAGCUCAAGCUCGUGCUGUUGGGGGACGGCACGUCCGGCAAGACAUCCUUAGCCACGCGUUUUGCCCAAGAAGCUUUUGGGAAACAGUAUAAACAAACUGUAGGAUUGGACUUCUUUUUAAAAAGAAUAACAUUGCCAGGAAAUGUGAAUGUUACUCUUCAAUUGUGGGAUAUAGGUGGGCAAACAAUAGGAGGCAAGAUGUUGGAUAAAUAUAUCUAUGGAGCCCAGGGUAUCCUCUUGGUAUAUGAUAUUACCAAUUAUCAGAGCUUUGAAAAUUUAGAAGACUGGUAUAAUGUGGUAAAGAAAGUGAAUGAAGAAUCAGAAACACAGCCACUUGUGGCCUUGGUAGGCAAUAAAAUUGAUUUGGAGCAUAUGCGAACAGUGAAAGCUGACAAACACCAACGAUUUUGCCAGGAAAAUGGUUUCAGUAGCCAUUUUGUGUCAGCCAAGACAGGCGAUUCUGUCUUCCUGUGCUUUCAAAGAAUUGCUGCUGAAAUACUUGGCAUCAAAUUAAACAAAGCAGAAAUGGAACAAUCACAGCAUGUUGUCAGGGCAGAAAUAGUGAAGUAUCCUGAAGAUAACCAACAGAACACUACCAACUGUCAAAGUAAAGUCUGUUCAGUGCAGUAGUCCAAGUAUUACGGUAAAAAAGAUGCAUUUUUUUUCAAGUUACGUUGCUUUCCUGUGAUGUCGUGAUUAUGACACUGAAUAUCACUCUAAAUACAUACUACGUUUCAUAAAUAUAAUAGUAUGUUACAUAUCAAUUCAGAACUGUUACAAAUAUUGAAUUUCCAACACUGAAUGUUAAAAGUCCACCUGACUGAAUAGGCCAUUGGGUAAUCACAGCAUGCAAGGGAGUGGUGUACCUAUUAUCAUUAGUCUUCUUUCUGUCUUAGUGUGAAUGACAAACUGCCAUUUACAGUUGGGUCAAUUGGGGACAGCCUAUUCGAUGAGUUAAGAGCUGGUCUUGAAUUUAUGCAUCCAGAACUGUAGCAAGAUGGCUUACAGGGUGGACAGUUAUUUGGGCUAGAGAGCCACUUGGGGAGUUUUGGUGAACUGUCAUGAGCCAGGCUAGCACCACCCCCACAUCUUCCCCAGCCCUGCAACAGCUCACCAAAACUCCAAGUGGUGCUGCCCCAAAGCCUGACCCCACGCUAUCACCACCUGGCAAUCCUGGGAUCUCCAUGGAGAUUGACACAAGCAGGGCUCGCUCAUUUGGGUGAGGGCCGUGGGCAGGUGGGGAACGGCAUCCAGAAGUGGGAUGGACAGGGGCUGGAGCAGGGCCAGGGAUGGGAUCAAGAUCAUGGGGCGGGACCAGGGCCUGGAGCAGAGCCACGAUCUACUCCCUAUUUGUCCCUGCUCACAGAAAUGGCACCCGUUGCAGGUGUCAGCUUAGCCCCAGGCCUUGGCCCCAUGAUCCUGAUCCCAGCCCUGGUCCCACCCACCUUUCCUGUUCCCAAACACUACUCCCCACCUUCCCACAGCUCCAGCCUCUCUGUCCAGCCGAGCACACUUUGCCCAUAUGGGUCCUGGGCUGGUCUCCACGGACACUCUGCCCACCCACUCUGUCCAGUGCCCCCAGCAGUGGGUGCAAGGCAGAUAGGCCAGGGUGCCUGGACAGUGGGGCCAGGUCCUGUGGCGGGGGCAGAGACUGACAGUGGCAGCUGGUGGAAGAUGCUGAUGUGGGUGUUGUGAGGAAGUGAGUCUGGCUACCAUGCUGUCCCAGCCCCAUGGUGUGCCCAGAGACAGUGGAACCAAAUGCACAUGCCACGGCCGGGGCUGCCCCCAUACCUGGGCCUGGCAGGGCCAAGGGACCCACCAUAGGCCAAAUUAAAAUCCCUUGGUGGGCUGGAUCUAGCUUGUGGGCCAUAUUUUGCCCACCCCUGGCUUAACUGCUCUGUCCCUACACCCAUAUUAAUAAAAUAAUAUUGCAUAUAAAUGUUUUGACAAGACAUUAAAAAGCUGGGUAGUCAGAAUAGUACAUAGUUGGCUCAUUUGGUCACUGAAUGGUUCCAGAUAUGGAAAUAAGUGGUCUCCCUUUGCUACCUAACUUUGAAAAUCUAUUUCUCUUGCAUAUAUGUGUUCUAACUGGCUAAAAUAGCUGUCAAUAGUAAUAUCAAGAAAUAUCACGGACCAGUUAGAAUGGGACUCUGCUCAAAGGUUAUUGUUUUAGGUACAGUGUAAGUAUAUUUUAAUGUAUAAAUAUAGAAUCUGUUCUGUAUAGAAUUUCUUUUGUAAGGAUAUUGUGAUGGGGCUCUCAGUCAAUAACACAUUCUAUAAUCACAGGUUUUCUAAAUAGAAUAGAAGUAUCUUUGAGCCUCAAAUAAACAGUGUAACAAACACAUGUUUGCAGUACAUCAUAUGGGGGGAUACAAUUUGUGCACACUUAGUGUUUAUAUUCCUUCAUUUUGGUCUUUAAGCGUUCUGCCUAUUAUGCAAUUGGUAUUAAUAAUAAUUAGCCCCUGACAAGUCUUGAUACGUGAAACCAGGGAAAGAAUACUACACAAUGUCUAUUUCACUGAUUCAUUCUUUAUUAGUACUAGCAAACAUGUUGGUAAAGUAUCUGUCUUCUAGGAAAGGAGACAUUCAUUAAGGAAAUUGCCAUGUUCAGUGUUUUAGCAGCACUUCAAACACAGUUUGCUUCUCAUAUCUUGAUAAUCAUUGUGUUCUCUUUUA